AUGGCGGAGCUUCAGACAAUCCCGGCACGCCAUGGUGUAGCUACUUUCGUGCCGGCCGGGCAGGUCAUCAAGAUCGUCAACACCUCAGGUACCCAGGUCAUUGAUACCUGGGCAUUCGCGCUGCCGAAGCCCGAUGGCACCAAGGAUGAGCAGGAAGCCAAAGCAAAGGAAGAGGAGAAGUCCAAGGACCAAGCCAGCUUGAAGGCAGCAUCGAAGAAAGGGAGCAAAAACUUACCCAGCCAGGAAGAGGCGGAGAAAGCCACUACUGGAGCCCAAGCUGCGAAUAAUGACGAGUCGAACGAAACGCCAAAGAAGAGCACAUGGAGCAGCUAUGUGCCUUCGCUUGGAUUGGGUAAGAAGAAAGAUGACAGCAAAGAUCAGGCUCAAGAGAAGGACGGUGGCAACAAGGACGAGACUGAGCAGCAGAAGAACUCCAAGACUUGGGGAUCGUACUUUUCUGCUGGUAAGGGCUUUAGCUCGUACAUCCCCAAGCAGGCGACCGAUACGGUGUCACAAUUUGCUUCUACCCACCAACGCGACACGUCCAAAUCAUAUCUGGAUCAGCUUCAAGACUUUUCGAAGACACCCGUCGGCGCAGCUGGUAUGAAAGGCAUGGCAGUGAUGACUGGCUCUGGCUACGCGGGCUCGCUCUACGCAGGCUACCAGGCUUGGAACAUGCGAGCUGGCGCAGCACCCAACGUGGAAUUCAUGAGCAUGGCGCACACCCGGACUGCGACUUUGCACUUGCGGCCCAAAGUCAACGAUACACUAGUCACAAACAUUCGCGAAUCUAUCCUGACUGUCGUCGAGGACACGAGCCCGGGCGUGCACGAUACCUUGGUCCCUGCCUGCGACCCGUACCGUUACCAGGCCUUGGGCGUGCCGAAGUGGGAAGAACACGGAUCGUGCGCGGAGAAUCUUGUCCUGGCGCUGAAAGAGCUGAACGAGCGUGCUGGACUGAAGGGUGCGAAGGCUGUGGGUGCGGAUGUUACUAUUAAUCAAUGCCCUGCGCCUCUGAACCUGUUCAUGAACAUUCCGUGGGAUGAUGAGGGCGAUAUUGGCUUUCAUCCUCCAAAGUCGAAGAAGGGCGAUUACGUUCGCUUCAAGGCGGAGAGAGAUGUCGUGGUGGUCAUGAGUGCUUGCCCCAAUGAUGUGAAUGGUAUCAAUGGCAAGGAAAUAACUGAUGCGAGCUUCGUGGUGGAGGAUGCAGAGGACACCACAGCGGCUCUCAAGCGUACUGCACCGAAGAAAAAAGCUGCCCCAGUCCGCAAAGCGCCUGCGAAGAAAACACCAGUCGCCACGAAUGGUUCUAACGAGGAAGCCACGCCAGCCGUGAGAAAACCCACCCCGCAGAAGAAAGCCACGCCCUCAACGAGCGGCGCACCCACAACGGCAACAAAUGGCACGAAGCCGGCACAGAAGACAGCACAGCCUGUAAAGAAGCCAGCCACGCCUGCUGGCAAGCCCUUGGGCAAGACUACCGGUCCGCCUCCUAGCAAGCCCCCUCCAGCAGCGAAGAAGUCUGUCCCGCAGUCGACGGCUACGAGUACGACGAAUGGUGAGCCUGCGCCGGUUAGGAAGAAGCCGAAGAAGUUGGCGAGGCCGACACAGGCUGCGGGUUAG